CUGGAGGCUGCGCUUGAAUACACGUGAUUUUGCCUUUUGUAAUCAAAAACACAAAAGACACAACGGAACCCAAACAAACACGGAAGAGGAGCGCGCGUUUGAUCUAAUUUUAGUCGCGCCGUCGUCGGGCCGUGGAAAAGGGGACGAGCGAGCCGGCAGUGCUGAAAUUAGAAAGCGUUUGGCAGAAUCACAAGUUACACACAACGAAAGGGUACAAGUUAAAUCGCUGGUAAAUUAAUCUGCUGGGAGGAGCGAUGGCGAGCACGUACACGGAAGCGACGCUGCUGGUGGACGCGGCCGAGGAGGCGCUCGUGGUCGGCGGGGACGACCCGUCCGAAAAUAGCCCCGCGACGGCGGCCACGCACGCGCUCGACCCCAAGGACCCGUGCACUUUUUGCGCGCACGAGGAUUUUGUGAUUUUUUCCGAGUUCUCCGAGGUGUUAGGACCUCUACCUUUGCUGACCGUGCCGCCGCACGUACACGACGAGCCGGCAGCUGAACUGGACAUGAACGCUUUCAUCCUCAAAAUCAUGUCGGUCGACUACCAGGCCAACCCUAGCGGGCAGUUCAAUUUGGCCGAGGAUGCGCAGGUGCUGCAGACGCCGGUGGUGCCUGGGGUGCACGCCUAUGUCCACUACUUCACGCUCUACGAUCUGCACGCCAGAGGCUUUGUGCGGCCCAUGUGCCUCGCCUUUGUCACCAGGGACAAGAAAAAACUCGAGGGACAGUUCCUUCAGCUCAGGGAGGCUUUCCUGAAGGUAACAGAAUUGAUCAAAUUGGACAACAGACAAAUUUUCCUAGAAGAUAUCAAGCAUGCAUUGCACUGCCUGCGCUCCACGCAAGAGCAGUAUUUUAGACUGAAAAAGAUGGAGGACGAAAGAGAAAUUCUGAGUACUGAGUCAAAACAGUUGCUGCAAUCUAUUGACAUUGAACAACUGGUCAACCAUUAUUCCGAAUUAAAAAACCUGCUGCAUACAGUUGAACCCUCCUUGAACAAAGAGCAGCAAAUGAUGGAGUUGAAAGACUGGUGUGCUGCAAUUAAGAAUUCUGAUUUACUGGAGGCGAAGAGGUUGCUGCAGAAGUUGGAGUGCCACUCUGCAAAGGUACCUUGCAACCUGAGUGGCUCCAAGAGGGCCCGCUUCAUCAGGCCCGUGGUUUGCAUCAGUCCGUGGGGCUGUGCUGCAGGUUUGUGGCACCUCAUCGACCUGCACCACUUUUUUGCCAGGUGCUCACUUGGCGUCGACCUUGACCUGGUGGCGACUACCUUCAACCAGGCCAUCCGUCCUCGUCAACUCACCUUCCGAGGUAUCAACCUGGCGCUGGAUGACGCCAAUUUCCUGAAACUGCUCUCCAACAUCACAGACCCAAAGGAGUGCACCAUCGACCAAAACUCACUCAUUUUGGACAACCACAAGGAGUUGAGCAGCAGUGACAGUAACUGCAGCUUUCACUCGGCCAAACCCUCCCUGCUCAGCUCAUCGGGUUCGGACAGCUUCAGAGAUCUGGACAGGAAUCUUUCAGACUGGUCACUGAAUGAUAAUGCAGCUGAAAAAUUCCAAACCGACUGUUUGUGGAGUGAAUUUCCUGCCAACACAAAAUCAGGUCUCGGCCUUUUGGACUUUUUUACUAAAUACUCCGCCGCCGCUCGUCAUGUGAUUUACUCCCUUCUCACUGGGAGGACUGUGGUUUUAGCAGCGGCCAAGCAUGAGAAGGCAUAUGCCGUCGAGAUAACCCAGGCGCUGGCCCCAUUCGUCCCCCGCAGAAAUACCAAGAGCGUACUAAGGUGGCACCAAGGAAUUCUGGUUUCAUUCCAUCUUGACCAGCACAAGCUGAUUGGCCUGUGCGUGCCUGAAAGACUGACUGUGCACGACAUGAUAAACAGCCUCGACAAGAAUCGUGUGACGAUUUUGGAGUUGGGCUCGAAGCAACUUCUGGGCCCUGCGUAUUCCGGCUCCCUUUUGAGCGGGCUGCAGCCCAGUUUGGUGGCUCUGCACAAGAGUGACCAGAGUCUUUGUCUGGUGCUGCAUGCUUUGCUGUCUGCCAUCGACCAGAAGGUGUCAGUAUGCAGGACGGUAGGCGUCACUUGUCUCAUUGAACUUGGCCUGCACGGCUGCGAUGCUGCCAUCGUCAAGUACUUGGCCCAGUUGGCCCUCUCCAACGACCCAACGCUUCUGUGAUUCAAAACGAUCAAAAGUCUUUUAUUCCUAUAAUUGUAACCAUGGCUUAUUUAUGAACAAAUUAAUUUUAAAAUGCAACUCGAAUAAAUUUUACUAUUGAAAUAUAACAAAUAAUAUACUG